AUGGUGAGUGAACACGAGGGGACUUUUGAACUGAGAAGACAAAUGCGAGGAGAUGUCCGAUCAUCGGUGUCGCUGCACUGCGACACUAAUUACGACAUUACGAAGAUAAUGUGGGACUCUCCUAGUUUGAUUCAGUCCAAGUCCAAAGACUUGGAUCUGAUGAUGCAGACGAUAUUUCGCGAGGAAAUCGUGAAAACAAAUGUUCUUGGACUGUGCAUCAGUCUGCAAGUCAAUUCUGUCGCAACAUGA